AUGGGCAAAGGAACAGGCAGCUUCGGAAAGAGAAGGAACAAGACCCACACGCUGUGUGUGCGAUGCGGACGCAGAAGCUUCCACCUCCAAAAGAGUCGUUGCUCAGCUUGUGCUUACCCCGCUGCCCGCCUCAGAAAAUACAAUUGGAGUGAGAAGGCGCUGCGCAGAAAGACGACCGGAACUGGGCGUAUGAGGUACCUUCGCAAUGUUCCAAGGAGGUUCAAGAGCAACUUCACAGAAGGCACACAGGCUGCUCCAAGGCGCAAGGGAACUGCUGCUGCUGCUUCAUAA